CAUUAACUCUGUUUGCUUCUGCUACUGUUGUCACCCAUGCGUUCAUUCCAAGCCAUUGUUCCAUGCACGUUUUUCAUGCCACAUCAGCGGUAACAGCAGAUACAACCAAACAAAGCCCUGAUUAUUGCUGCUCAGCAGUGUGAAAGGAGCACCUCUUGUCUCCGGCGUGGCUCGCCUACAGCGCCGUUGACAGACCUCACCGAAAAUGUAGAGAACACAACCUCAGGGGUUAUUUGGCCUGACACGAGGUGAACCCUGCUAGGUGAAGCAGCUCCAAACAUCUUUCUUGUCUUUGGGAGUCCCGCCGCCAACCAUGAGGAGGUGCUGUCACGUCUUGCCUCUCGCCGUGCUCGCCGCUAUGCUGCUCUCUCAGGUCUGCUCUGGCAUCAAAUGGCUAGCACUAUCGCACACCCCCAAGACGUUACCCAUCAACCAGACCCAACAUUGUAAGCUUCUGCCCGGCCUGGUGUCCUCCCAAGCUCAGCUGUGCCGCAGCAACAUGGAGCUCAUGCAAACCAUCAUCCAAGCAGCCCGCGACGUCAAGAAAACUUGUCAAAAGACCUUCGCUGAUAUGCGCUGGAACUGCUCCUCCAUUGAAAUUCCCGUCGACGCCUCAAAGUAUCGUCCGGACCUCGACCGAGGAACUAGGGAAACAGCGUUUGUGUAUGCCUUGUCUGCUGCUACCAUCAGCCAUACCAUCGCCAGGGCCUGCACAUCUGGAGAUUUGCGACUGUGCUCGUGCGGUCCCAUUCCAGCUGAGAUUCCAGAGCCCGGCUAUCGCUGGGGGGGCUGCGCUGAUAACCUACAUUAUGGUUUAAUAAUGGGCUCCAAGUUUGCGGACGCUCCCAUGAAGAUGAAACGUGCAGGCUCUCAUGCCAACAAACUGAUGCACCUUCACAAUAGUGAAGUGGGGAGACAGGCACUGAGGGAGGCGCUGGUGAUGAAGUGUAAAUGUCAUGGCGUAUCCGGUUCCUGCUCCAUCAGGACCUGCUGGAGAGGCCUUCAGGACCUGAGAGAGAUCGCCAUGGACCUGAAGACUAAGUACCUGUCAGCGACAAAGGUGGUGCACCGACCCAUGGGGACACGCAAGCAGUUGGUGCCCAAAGACAUUGACAUCAGGCCUGUGAAAGAGAACGAACUUGUCUACCUGCAGAGCUCCCCAGACUUCUGCAGCAAGAGUGAAAAGCAGGGUUCUGUUGGCACGCAGGACAGGCAGUGCAACAAAACCUCGGCGGGCAGCGACAGCUGUGACCUGAUGUGCUGCGGCCGCGGCUACAACCCGUACAGCGAGAAGCUGGUGGAGCGCUGCCACUGCAAGUACCACUGGUGCUGCUACGUCACCUGCAGGAAGUGCGAGAGGAUGGUGGAGAGAUACGUCUGCAAAUGAGUCCCCCAUCCCCCUCCACCCCACCACCCCACCGAGUCGCAGAAGAACCAAAGAUAACCAGAAGGCAAAGCAGUCUUCAGCUUUUGCAUGUGACGUGGUCUAGUCAUCACUUUAGUAUCCAAGCUGUCUGGUUUCUGCCGGACAUGGACUGUGACGACAGUUUAUGUGAAGACCGCAGUCCUCCUGGGUAGUUACUUUCUCUUGUUAAUGACCAUGAAUUCCCCCCAACGGGGAUGAGGGAAGUCUCUUAUAUUGUAGCGCUAAUAAAAAAAGUAAUAAUAUUGGAUUUUUAUGCUGGAGGAGAAAGAUGGUCUCUCUUCUCGACUGAGACUUAUGUUUGGCUUCAUUCCACACAAAUGGAAGGGAUUUGUUGGACUCGUGGGACUUUUUUUUUUUUUUUAGGUACAGUUGACACUUUUUCCUUCCGCAUGAAAGGACAAGGGAGGAAAAGGAAACAUAAAGGGAACUUGGAGUACUUGGGACUGUCACGUCGUCCUGCAUGACUUCAUCCCUGUGGACUGAAAGGACUUGCAGAUUGAUUGUCCUUGACCUUUGACCUGCAGCCAUCAAAUUGUAUUCUAUUUUUAGAGCAUAUGAACGAAUGGAUUUUGUAAACCACUUUUGUGUGGAUGUACAUACUCGUAUUUUGUAUACUGGAAUAAAGAUAAGUAUUUAUGAAAUGA